AAGUGUGAACAAGUGGUUAGCUGCCAUUUCCUUGAGAAGAGAGGGAGUGGAUCUGGUCAUAAGGACACACUCGUAUUUCAUGUUUCAUCACCCUCCCAGUAUAUUAGCUUUGAACUCAUCUCGAUCUCAUUUAGUCCAGCACAGCAGAAACGGAGAGGACAAUAAGAAACAGUUCUUUGCCAUGAGUCGCUACAGUUUCUCCAACUUUCUGGACUGGAUGUAUGGUGGAGUAGACCCAAGCUUCGAAGGCAACGGUGGUCCGGAAUGUGCCGCCUUCCUCCCAUGGCAACAGCGUCUGGUGGAGAGCCUAAUUUUUCUAAGUGUGGGAGUUCUGGAGAUUGUGAUCUCACUGCAAAGGAUUAAACGAUCCCACUCCAGGGAGGUGGGAAAUCUGCUGGCUCAGUCCCAAAACAAGGAGGAGAGUUGGGGGAAAAACCUUUUGCUGGUAUCCCUCUGCCUCACUUUUGGAUUGGAAUUGGGGUUCAAGUUUGCUUCCAAGACUGUAAUCUACGUGAUGAAUCCCUGUCAUGUGGUCACUAUGUUGCAGAUUUUUCUGCUUGCCUGCCCACCCUGCCAGCUUGCAAUGGUUGUCUUCAGGUUGCAGAUGCAUAUGUUAAAUGGGGCGCUCUUGGCAUUGCUGUUUCCUGUAGUUAACACACGACUGCUACCUUUUGAAUUGGAGGUUUAUUACAUCCAGCAUGUCAUGCUAUACAUUGUCCCCAUCUACUUACUACAGAAAAGAGGUAUCUACACUCCUGAACCACCUUGCAACUUCUGGUGGGCUCUGCUGUCCACUGGGCUGAUGUUUGUCUAUCACUUCAGCAUUUUACAAAUUCUGGGACUGAUCACACAAGUGAACUUGAACAACAUGCUGUGCCCUGCCAUCUCCGAUCCUUUCUUUGGCCCCUGGUAUAGAAUCUGGGCAUCCGGCCACCAGACAAUCAUGACUAUGAUUCAUGGGAAACUCAUAAACAUGGUCUUCUAUGGUGCUGUUCCUGUUCUUAAAUUCUGCAUGGAUUUGCUUCAACUCCCAGCUAAGAAAAUGUAUUGACUCUUCUCCGCAGAGGAAAGCGCUUGCAGGCAGCAGAAAAGGAAUGAGGUUUUGGUUUCUGUGCUGGAGAAGAAAGGGAUGGCCAAGGGACCACACGUUAGCGGUUCCUUGUUACAAAGGAAGGUGUUCUCCCCCCCACCCUGACUACCGUCUUCACUGCCCAUUGCCGAUGGUGAAACUUGUGGCCUUACCCAAGGAGAGGGGGAUAUUUAUUUGGUGUACAAUUUGUAAUCUUGAGAACAGAAUCUUGGACCUUUUUUUUAGCCUGAAGAAUUUCAGGGUUUCCUCACCUUUUGGGACCCAGGAAAGGGCCUCCUUUAAUAUGAUAAUUUUUACCAGCUAUCCUGUGUGUGUAUAUAGAUAUCUAUAUUUAAAUUU